AUUUCCGGCCGCUCCAAUCGAGAAAUUAACCAAAAGGGAAGCAGAAUAAAACAAUUAACCCCUUCAUCAGGAAAAGCAGCAACCCCCAGAUACAGACGUCAGAGGUGAGAGGAAGCAAACUGCACACAGAUUGCAGAAACUCACUGUUAAAAAACUGCCAUUAACAUUCAAACACACAGUUCAAGGAGAAAGGAGAAGAAGACGGAGAGGAAAGUUCGUCUGAGAGAGAGAGGACAUGGUUCUGUGGGAGAUCACUUUGGGAACAGCGUAUUUCUUGGGGCUGAAACGGACUUACAGGCUCGCUUUGAAGAUUCAGCGUCGCAUUUUUGGCCCUAGGCACCCUAAGAUCCGUCAAUUUGUUCGUCGGCGUACACGAGCUGUCUUUGAUGUAGCACUCAAGGUUCACCAGAAUAUACAACAGAGAGAUAUAGAAGUUGGUCGGAAUCUUGGGAACUGGAUUCUACGGUGGCUUGAUAGGAUGAAACCAUCAGCUCAGAUCCGUGGUUCCUUGCCAGAGAAACCACCUGGAACCAGUGCAAGCAUUAAGAAGAGAAAGGAGCUUACAAAGUCUUCACAUCUGAAAAAUUCUGGUUGCACACAGACAUCCAAAACCCACGAAUCUGAUAGACAUAUGUUCACCUCAUCGACAAAUAUAUGGCACAAAUCCUUUCCUACCAUUAGUAUGGCGGUGCGGCCACCAAGGCCUGCAGGGUCUAUGACCCAGUAUAGGCAUUUGUAUAGUAGUGGGUCUGAUAUGCGGAUGUCAAACUACAUAAGAGGCGGGUUUCAGGGAGUUGUUCGCGAGGACAUAGUGCAGUGGAUGCUGCGGAACUGAAUAUGAACUUUUUUUUUUUUUAGCGGUUCUGUUUGUAGACUGAUUGAGAAUACCUGAGAUAUGAUCAGCGGAAGAGGUGGGUUGGAGACUGGUCUUUUCAAGGUCCCCACGAAGAUUAAUUUCCCUCCAUUAAUAAAUUUUCCUUCUGA